UUCUCAAAGCCAGAAAGAAAACAGGGCAUUGCGCAGGAAACUACAGCUACUGGAACUGAAGGUGGCACGGGAGCGCGUCUUCGCCAGUAGUGUCAAGAUCGUCGACCGAUACAGAGGAAUGGCAAGAGGUGAAAGACAUGUCACUGGAGGCCACAGGAGCUUUGUGAAGCCAGCAGGACACAACGUGCAGAGAGAUGAUCAACCCAUAGCUGUUGAUGAGGGGAGUGGAACCUCAACCCAGCAUGUUAUCGUGAUAGAGUCUACAGAUGCAGAGGCUGCAGGUCCUGGGGUCAAGCAGGAGAGGUCUGAAGGAGAGGAUCCACAACACAGAAGAGACAUCCAGACUGGAGCAGCAGCUGGAGCGCCCCCUGUAGCCACGGAUGACCCCACCAUAGCCCCAGCGCAGCCCUGGACCCGAAGCAGCAUCACGGAGGUCAGUGGAACGCCGAACGCCAUCCUCAAGUCAGAGACAGACAUCAAGACUUUAACUGUAACACAAAGGCUCUUACACACAGGAUCUGACCACAGAUCAGACCCAGAGAGACUGGGGCUGGGGCCACUGGGCUGUCCUCCUGCUCCAGGCUCAGAGUAUUUACCGGUAUUUCAUCAUAGCCAGAGGACGGUUCAUUCCCGUGGAGAUGGUGACACGUUAGCCACUGGCGGUGAUGAUCUGUCUUGUUCUUACGCUACAGAGAUGGAACCUGGCAACAUGCCCUUGGGUUUAGAGACACAGACUGAUCUGUCUCGAGGGGACUGGAACCGGUACAGUAGUAGUGUAUACGCUGAAGGGUGCCUAGAUGAGAAAGGGGAGGUUAUAGUGGUAGAUGAAGUGACUGUGAAAUUGGAGGGCGACGUUCCUCCCACAUGGAAUGCAGAUAGUCACCUAGGAGAUGGACACUCACAGGGCAGAGAUUUCUUAAAUUACAGGGAAAGGUUAGAGACAAAUCCAAAUGUCUCGACCCACUCCCCUUUACAUGCAUUCAGGGAUCGCGACCCAGUGUCCACGUCAAUGGGGCCUUCCGAUUCACACGGUCGCGUCCUUUUCGACAGGGCUGGAGCCCAGGCUCGGGGAGGGGGAGAAACAUCAGGCGGUAGUAAGGGGAAACGGUUCCUCUGCAUGUUCUGUAACAAAGGCUUCAGCUGCCCCCAGAAGGUGGAGAUCCACCAGAGGUUCCACACGGGGGAGAAACCCUUCAGCUGUACCCAAUGCCACAUGCACUUCGCCCAGGCUGGUGACCUGAAGAGGCACCAGAGGGUCCACACAGGGGAGAAACCCUACAGCUGCCCUCAGUGUGAGAAGAGGUUCUCCCGCCAGGACCACCUGAAGAUGCACCUGAAGGUCCACACGGGAGAGAGGCUGUUCACCUGUACGCACUGUGGGAAGAGGUUCUCAGAGAGGAGCUACCUUAGGAUACACCAGCAGAAAAACCACUCCUCUCUAUAACAUAGAAAGCAACCAUUCCACUCGAUAGCUUCUGACAUUUAGAUCAAACCCUGCAUUAAAGACAAAGAUGAAUUUUCAUUGUUGUCUGCAGAAAAGAUCCACAGAUGCAUUUGGAAUAACGAGAGUAACACAUUUCAGUGUUGAAUAUUCCUGGGUAGAAUCUUGCAUCCAGACAUCGUGUGAUAUAUACGGCAUAUAUACAGUGCUAUGAAAAAGUAUUUGCCCCCUUUCUAAUUUUCUCUACUUUUGCAUAUUU